GCAUCGGGAGUUGGUAUAAAUAGGUACGUAUUUCAGACUCUGGUAUCAUAAAUCUAAUUGUGCUCUUCGAAGUAACACCGAAGUUAUAUCAAAUUUGUAAACAUGAAGCUGCUGUGUAUCUUUGCUGCCCUGCUGGUGUGCGUAUGCGCACAGGAGUGGUACGACGGCGAAGAGCUUUCGUUCGUCGACAACAGCGAGUAUCAAUACAGACUGGAUCAACUAAGGAAGCAGAGGGACAGGAGACCCAAGCGUGAGGUCACAGGUUCUAUUCCCGUCGGGGACAAUGGGAAACUCAUCGGGACACUUGGAGACACGGCCAAGGGAGGACUAUACGGCACCGGCGCCUAUGAGCAUACCCUCAUCAACAAUGACGGCGGACGACUAGCGGCACAGGCAUAUGGCACGCGCGUGCUGAACCCCAACAAAGACUCCACGCUCUACGGCGGCAAGCUUGCCUGGACCGACUCCAACGUGCACGCUUCGGCUGACGCGAGCAAGCGCAUUGGCGGCCGCGCUAGGUUGGAUUUGAACGCCGGCGGUCGUUGGGAGCCCUUCAAGAACUCUGAUCUGACAGCCGGAGGCUACUACAGCCACCGCGAGGGCAGGCCUUCGGACUACGGUGGUCGCGCUGUAUUCAACUAUCGUUGGUAGAUUCUCAGCGAUUCUCACCAUAAAGGAUGACAAGCUAGACCGGUCGAAUGCCCCAGCUCCGGCACAGUCUAGUGUGAAGCAUCUUUAAAACCAAUUUGAAAUUUUGUUUGGAGACAAUUCGGAGUGUAAAGUCAACUAAUUUCAAUGAAAUAUCUGUGAUGGUACUUUAAUGUGCAAUAGUUCGAAAACUAUAGAUUAAGUUUGCCUUAUUAUUUAAUAAAUGUUACAAUAGCCA